GAGAAAGACUAUCAAUGCUAGACGUAUUAUUUUCUGUUGUUAUCAAUGAAAUUUGAAUAAGUGUUUAAUGUCAUGGCUUCUAAGGGCACUAAAAAGGGUUCAACUUCUAAUCGUGUAAACUCAGGAACACCGAGAGAGGCUGCAUCUAUUGCUGCAAGUGUUGGUGGACAAGACAAACGUAAAAUUAAUAUCUGGCCUGAAUGGAAUGAUGCAGAUAUCAAUGCUGAGAAAUGGGAAGUUGCUCGAAAAGAUGACAGAAAAGGAAAAUCACCAGUUGUGGUUCCGCAUUACUUUGAUGAUCCUGAUGGGAAAAUUGAAAUGCCAUCAUCCUUAAAAGUAAACCACUGGAAACGGCCUCAGGAAUACUUUCUUGAGAAGACACCUGUUAUAUUUGACUUGGAUCAACUGAGCAGUGGAUUUGAUCUUGUUACCAAUAAUGAGCAUCUUCAUGAGAGUGAGUUAAUGCGAUACAUCAUUAGUGAGAUAACAGCACUAUGGGAAAUGAGUACAGUGAAGACCCCAGAAAAGACUGACCCCAGCGCGACGGUAAUGGUUCCAGUAGAAGACAACUCACACACAUGGAAACCCUGGGAACACAUCUAUGCUCUGUGCAAAGCUGGAAAAGGACCUCAUAUGCCAAUGUACAAUGCUCAUGGCAAGUACGUGGUACGACUAUAUUGGAUGGGUUGCUGGAGAAAGAUAUAUGUUGAUGACAGUCUUCCUUUUGAUGAUGAUGAUAAAAUGCUUCUACCAUGUACGACAAUUGCCGAAGAGCUAUGGCCUAUGCUGCUAACCAAAGCUCUCAUUAAAAUAGCAUCUUUGGACUAUACUGGUGGAAAAAACAGUUGUGAGUUUGGAGAUUGCAGCAUCAUUCAGUGUUUGACUGGCUGGAUUCCUGAAACUAUUCCAUUGCAAUACUUUGUCUGUGAACAACUCUAUGAUCGCAACCUAUUCCCUUGCCCAAUGGGAACACCACUAGUUUCUGCUAGUGGCGUAGUUCUAAAAUACUUUGAGUUGAGUGCACAGAAAAACAGCUUGUACGUGGUAGUUCCUCGCAAAACGGAUGACGAUGUCAGAUAUUGCCAUAUCUCUGAGAUCUGGGACUUGCUGAAGACCUUUCUACCAUCAUGGCAGCUUCCUGUACAAGAACCAGAAAAGACGGAAGCUGCAGAUGCAGUAAAGAAGGAGUUAACUAGUUCAGUGGAGUCUCAGAAAGAAGAGAAGUCUGAAAAAGAUGCUUUGACCAAAGAAGCAAAACCUGAAGGCAAAGAAAAAUCCAAAGAGGGUGGGAAAGAGAAGCCAGCUAAAGAUGCUAAGGAAAAAGAGAAAGGAAAAGAUGGUAAGGAGGACAAGAAGGAAAAGAAAGAUAAAGAAAAGAGUGACAAGGAUAAGGACAAAGAUAAACAUAAAGACAAAUUUACAGAAGAAGUGUCAAUCCCAGAGAAUCCUGAAGUUGUGGUCUUUGCAACAUACAACUCAACACCCAAAUACCCUGUUUCAGUGUCUGUGCUUGGGGAACAUGCUAAUGCUAGUGAGCACCUUCGACAGAUUGGUCUCUCACACCUGUUUCCCCACCCGUUGUGGAUCACUCAAACGAGAGACAUCCCCCUGGAACCACCACCUCCACCUGAAGUGAUCCCAGCAUGGAAACAGAUCCGGCCCAGGAUAAAGAAACCAACCCCUUCUGAUGAACCCAUAGUUCCACCUGACCCACCCAAGCCUAUCAAAUGUCUUGAAAUCACCUCACCAUUUGUCAAUUACAAAGUCAGCCCUAUACCUAUUCCAACUGACACUCGUAAACCCAGCAUGGCUUUAGAGCGUGGCAGCACAAGAUCGAGACCAAAUACACCUUCGUCUGUGACAGCGAUUGUCGAGAAAGACGAGUCUAUACCUGAUCUAGAGGAGGAAGAACAUCUGUCCCAACACGAAGAUCCACACAAACACGAUGCACAAGUCAAACGUGAUGUCCCAGUAUGUCCUCCAGAAAUUCCUCAAGAUGAAUCACCAGUUUCUACAAAGAGUGCAUCAAGUGCUGCAACCAAGGAAAAGAAAAAAUCAACAGGGAAAAAAGAUGCAAAAGAUUCAGUAGAGACAUCACCAAAGCUUGAUCUGCAGUCGCCCAAGAUUGAUCGGCGAGCCUCCAAGUCUCCAGUGAAGGAGAAAUCUCGAAGUGUCAGAGCGGAGUCAUUAGUAUCUGGGUCUAAAGAAGACGACAAGAGAGACAAAGAAAAAACUAAAGAAAAAGGUGACAAGAAGGAUUCUCCAGUGUCCCACAAAGCUGGCCCACAAGAAUGCAGCCAGUCGGAGGCUGUCUUGGUUGAUGACGACGUGGAGGAACACAAAGAUGAGGAGGAAGUGGUGCCUGUGGAGGAAACUGACACAUCAAAACCAAAGAAGAUAUGGGUGGAUUUCAACCAUUUUAGCAUUUGUUUUAAGACUCUGUAUAUCUACCACAAGCCAAAUACCUAUCUGUGUAAUCAGAAAUAUUCUGAUCUCAAGGAUAAUGCAUCAAGCCCACAGAAUGUUGCACCCACGGGGGUUACAUCUACAGGUAAAACUGAUAAAAAACCAGGAACCGGCUCAUCUGGGGUAAAUGCAUCAAGCUUGAAGGUUCCCCAUACUCCCACAUUUACCAUAAGCACAUCUUCAACACUUUCGGGUACAGAUGAUCGGCAACCACAUUACUUGUUUGUUGACAGUCUGAAGUCGACAGAGAUUGUAGUUUCAUUUUCUUCUCUACCCCGCUGGUUUGAUCUACCACAACUAGAACAGACGGAAAAGAGAUCUCAUGCAAAUAUUAAAACAAAGGAAAAGGAGAUUGAAAAAGAGACAACAGGCCUGACUGGUAGCAGCAUCAUGGAUGAGGAAAAGCAUGAUCGUCGAGGUUCUUUUAGCCACGAGCCAGGUUCUUCUCCUGUGAAGGUUCAGCCUGGUACUGUUGUCGCUGAGCCAUAUUCAUGGAAGAGUCUCAUCACUGGACAGCCAGUACUACAUCUGAAGACCACAGCAACACGAGCAGCGGUUCUUAGUCUGCCAGCUGGACGACAUGUAUUGCGCUUUAUGAUGAGAAGUCCUCUGGCUUAUCACAUCCAUCUUUGUUCUUCAACCCAGUUUGUCUUUGGUGACGAGGACACGGUCAUGGCUCAACUCACAAAUGAAAGCUGCCGAUUCCGAGACAAUGCAGCCCAGGUUAUUAAUAAUCUUGGCAAGUGUAUCAAUGCUUUGGCAUCACCAAAUCCCGAGAGUUUCCAGCAGGCAUGGGAGGAACUGGUGGAUAGUCACUGUCCUUACCGACACGACAAGCGGCUGUCAAAGCAGCAUCAUUUCCACAUUUUCAAUGAAUCUCUCUAUGCCACAUUAAAGAAAUCACUACACGACAUUAUUUGCCCAGAACUGGCAUUUGCAAUCCGAGUUUUGCUGUUUGAUGCAUCAACGCCCAAUAUUCUCGGUAUUCGUUAUUCGAGCCGUCCUGCGACUGGUUCGGCAGCCAGUCAAAGAGGCUCAGCUAAAUUGAGUCAUAAGUCAAAGCAAGCCCCAACAGAGGGUGAAGUAGAAAAAGUAGAGCAGUGGUUAAAUAGAGAGAUUUCCACUGAAGAACAUGUGGCUGCAGUGAAGAUUCAGAAAGCAUGGCGUGGAGCCUGGGUACGCAAAAUCAAGGCUGCCAGAAUUCCAGGUACUGAUGAAAAUAUAAAAGUUGUAGAACAGUUGCAGAAAGCCUGGGCUAUACUAGAAACCAAUGCUGAGGAAACUGGAUUGUACUUGUUCAGGGAAAUGUUUAAACUUAAUGAGGACAUAAUGCAGAAGUAUCCAUUCUAUCAAGAUGAAUGGAAUAAGAUCUCAUACGCUGAUUACCGAGGCAACUACCCAGAGCAGUCUUCUGGAGCAUGGUUUGUGGUGUUCCGAGAAAUCUUCUAUGUGAAGGAUGAGAUGCUGGCCGUGCCGAAGCUGUACGUCCCGAUCAGCACGUGUCUGCUGCGUGUCGUCAACAAUGACACUGGCGAAGAGAUACCAAAGGUCUUCCAGAAGGUGGCACCAUAUGUGUACAAGAAAAACAAGAAAGGCUAUACUUUUGUGGCUGAAGCAAGGACCACUGAUCAGCCACUGGCUGCUGGCACCUGGAGAAUGCGCAUGAUUGGUUCACUCAGUCCACUUCCUGCCCCCAAGGGUCAUGAGAUCAAUUCGGCCUUCAAUGCCAGAGAAAUCAGAGAUUAUUAUUUGCCAAACAAUAAAAACAUUAUUUUCAGGUAUUCAGUGAAGGUUGUAGAAGACCACUUAGCAAGUUUACAAGUGAACGCAUCCAAACAUGACGUCUACAUCAAACUGCAGAUACUUGACAGUGAGGUGGAAUGUAUAAGUGCUGUUGGCAAAGGCCAUGUUGUCAUACCUGCUUACAUCUUUCACAAAGACUACAACCCAGACGAAUCGGAGACCAAACGAUCAAGCUCCAGAUCUUCAAGUCGGUGGAAGCCCAGUCAGCCGAAUGUUGCAAAAGGCAAGGGAGCUACAUCAGCCAGAAGUGAUGGGAGAUCUUCAAGGAGCAGUGACCGCUCACAGCAGAGUGAUGACCAAGAUGAAAUAAGUAUGAAGACUCACAAGUACAUCAUUCAAGCCACAGUCCUGAAAAACAGCUGGCCUCUGUCAGAAAGUAGUUGGACAUUUGUUCAGAUGCUCAAAGAGAUGGAAAAGAAUGAACUGAAAGUGGCAUACAAGGAAAGGGCACCCUCUCCAACAAAAGAAAAACAACAACCGGCUACCAACAUCAAGUUAAAAGGUGGUGGCAAGGGAGGUAAAUCUGAAAAGGGCAGUAAAGACAAGGAUAAAGCGGGUUCGGGAUCCCGGCCAGGAUCACAGCAGUUUGACUUCACGAAACCUCACUGGACACUCAGAGUGGUCAGCGAUCAGGCUGCAGCAGAAGACAUUGAAGUGCGUAAAGACACAGAACGAGCUGAUGAGAUCAGAGCAAUGAAGAAAGCAUGGGAGGAUGCUGAGCCAGGUCGGGCAGCAAAGGCUCUGCAGUCCCGGUUGCAGUACCUCAGCACACACCUGAUUAAGGUUCCUGCGGAGGAGGAAGGGAAAGAAGAAGUCAGUGUGGCUGUGGAUGAUGUGACCAGCGAAACUGAAGCUCAGCCUAAUGCACCAACCCCCACGGGUAUCUCUAUACAUGACCAGCAGGACAUGGAACCUGUUCUAACACUGGAGCCACCGCCACAACCACAGAAAGAAUACCUCCAGCCCUUCGACACAACUCCAUUUAUCAAGAAAACACGUGAGAAGUACAUCUACCUGGAUGAGGAGGAGAUGCAACGGCGCCUGGAGGAGAGACAGCGUGAGAUCCACAACUACAAGCAGUUCCGAGAGAGCGUCGAGCGGUGGCGCGUAGAGGACAAGCAGAACCGCAACAUCACCAAAAUACGCCAGCUUGAUAAGUGUGAGGAACUCCAGGCGGCUCUUGAUGCAUUAAGAGACUCCAUCAACGAACCGCGGGAAGCUUUCCGUCAGAAGUAUUUGGAAGCAGAAAGACUCCGACUGGAGGAACUGGCAGCUCAGAUGGCUGCCUUGAAGGCUGAGCAGGAUGCUAAAUCACCAAAAGGUCGAAAAAGUGCAAAAGGAAAGAAAAGUCCAAAAGGAAAGAAGAAGUGAUGGUCUUGGCAACUGUAUAGACUGUAUGCCUGUCAGUUUUUUGUUACAGUUUUAUUUUGAACCACAUUAUGCUGUGAGUGUGAUGCAGCAUUUGUUCUAUGCUUAUUGUCUGUGAUAUCUGAACAUAAACAUUGCCUUAGUAUGUGCCACUUUGAUAUUGGCAAUAUAUACAUUAAAAGUGUCAGUAAUUUAUAUUUAUUAUAAUUCUAAACCAUUUGCUCAUUAUGUAAAUGUGUUUUUAAAUUAAUAAUGACAUUUCAGGACAUUAUAAUUGGAUUUUAAUUGUGUUUUAUUAUCUCAUUAAUGUCAUUGCCUAUAUUUAAUGCAUUAAGUGACAUUUGGAUUGUACAUACUGUAUUUAUGUUGCAUUAUUAAAAAAGAUGUAUUGUAUGAUAUAUGCUUGUACAAUAUAGUUCAUAUAACUUAUUUGGGAUUUAAUAUAUUGGAGAGUUGUAUAUAUGUAGUGAAUACUAUUACACAAGUUCAUAGUCUCAAAAACAAUUUUACUCUCCAUGCAUUUUGUUAUCAUGUUCACACUGUUGUUUAGCAACAGCUCUGUAGAAUUGUGUGUGAAGUAUUCUCUGUUAUUUUUGACCAAUUCUGUUAUUUUUUAUCAGUAAAAAGUAAGGAAAUUUAAAGGAAUGCUCGUGCAAAGCUUUUGGACUGAUAUGCACCAUCAACAAUAUAUAAUGCACAUUAUUGCUUAAUAUCAACAAGUAUAUUAUAAUAUUUAAUUAAUAAAACUGUUAAAUGUGAUGACUAUUAUAUAUAACGGGCGCAUCCAUUUUGUACUAUCCCAGU